AUGCCCAGCUCGGCGCUGUGGGCCGUGGACCUCUUCGGGAGGGUGUACACGCUCUCCACGGCCGGGCAGUGCUGGGAGCUGUGCAGGGACACGCAGCUGGAGUUCAAGCGGGUCAGCGCGGCCACGCGGGGCUGCUGGGGGAUCGCCUGCGACAACCAGGUCCACGUGUACGUGUGCGCCAGCGACGUCCCCAUCCGCUGCCAGGAGGAGGCCUACGAGAACCAGCGCUGGAACCCCGUGGGAGGCUUCUGCGAGAAGCUCCUGCCGAGUGACCGCUGGCCGUGGAGCGACGUGAGCGGGCUCCAGCACCGGCCGCUGGACGGGGUGGCGCUGCCCUCGCCGCACUGGGAAUGGGAGUCCGACUGGUACGUGGACGAGAACUUCGGCGGGGAGCCCACCGAGAAAGGGGGGUGGACAUAUGCCAUGGACUUCCCUGCCACGUACACGAGGGACAAGAAGUGGAAUUCUUACGUGAGGCGGCGGAGGUGGAUCCGGUACAGGAGAUACAAGUCCCGCGACACCUGGGCCAAGAUCCCUUCAAAGGAUGACCCCAAGCAACUGCCCGACCCCUUCAACGACCUCUCCGUGGGGGGCUGGGAGAUCACAGAGGAGCCCGUGGGCCACCUGUCCGUGUGGGCUGUGUCUCUGCAGGGAAAGGUGUGGUACAGAGAGGACGUCAGCCACCCCAACCCAGAAGGCUCGUCAUGGUCCCACGUGGACACCCCGGGGGAGGUGGUCCAGAUCAGCUGCGGGCCGCACGACCUCCUGUGGGUCACGCUCUGGGAGGGGCAGGCCUUGGUUCGGGAAGGAAUCAACAGGAACAACCCCAAAGGAAGUUCCUGGUGCCUCGUGGAGCCUCCCACCUCUGAAAACGGCAUCAUGCACGUCUCCGUGGGAGUGGGCGUGGUCUGGGCCGUCACCAAGGACCGGAAAGUGUGGUUCCGCAGAGGCGUCAACUCGCACAACCCCUGCGGCACCAGCUGGAUCGAGAUGGUGGGAGAAAUGACGAUGGUGGACGUGGGGCUCAACGACCAGGUCUGGGGCAUCGGCUGUGAGGACCGGGCCGUGUACUUCCGGCACGGCGUCACCCCCAGCGAGCUCAGCGGCAAGAUGUGGAAGGCCAUUGUCGCCAGCCGAGUGUGUGACCGGUCACACUCCGGCAGCUCCUCCAGUCUCCUCAGCGCUGGCUGUUUCUUUGGUGACGAGGUGAGGGUCGGUGGCGAUUCCUGCGUGCCGAGCGACACGGAUGCCUCCUCGGAAGCUGAGAGGCCAGGGCCUGAGCAGCCUGUCCCCGCAGAGUCUCCGGAAAGUCCCGGCCACUCCAAGCGCAGCUCGGCCUCGGCCGCAGAGCAUGCCUUGGAGGGUGCCGGCCCGGCUGAUGGGACCCCGGGGCCUGAGCCUUGCCCUGGCCAGGCCUCGCCCCCUGCCGAGCUACCCUGGACCAGUAUCGACCUGAAGGAGCCCAAGAAAGUGCCCAGCCACAUGGCUGAGCCCCCCGGCCUCUCCUCACUGGAGCUGCUUCCGCUGGGCCUGGAGGAGCCCUACUGCGCUGACGACCACCCGCUGUGGGUGUGGGUGUCCGGAGGAGGCUGUGCCGUGGAGGCCCACACUGUGCUCAAGUGGUUCUCCGCGCAGGCGGGCCUGUCUUCCUCCAUGCAGACCCUGUCCCUGUCCAUCACGCCGGCCCAGACCGCCGCCUGGCGGAAGCAGAUCUUCCAGCAGCUGACGGAACGGACCAAGCGGGAGCUGGAGAACUUCCGACACUACGAACAGGCCGUGGAGCAGUCCGUGUGGGUGAAGACGGGCGCCCUGCAGUGGUGGUGCGACUGGAAGCCCCACAAGUGGGUGGACGUCCGCGUGGCGCUGGAGCAGUUCACGGGGCACGACGGGGCCCGGGACAGCAUCCUCUUCAUCUACUACGUGGUCCACGAGGAGAAGAAGUACCUGCACGUGUUCCUCAACGAGGUGACGACCCUGGUCCCCGUGCUCAACGAGGACAAGCACUCCUUCGCCCUCUACACCCCCGAGAGGACCCGGCAGAGGUGGCCCGUGCGUCUGGCCACCGCCACCGAGCAGGACAUGAACGACUGGCUGGCCCUGCUCAACCUGUCCUGCUGUGAGAGCCGGCGGGUCCUCGGCCGCCCCUCCCCGCAGGCCGUCUGGUCCAUCACCUGCAAGGGCGGCAUCUUCGUCAGUGAGCCCAGCCCGGACCUGGAGGCCCCCGAGCACCCGCUGCCCUGCGACCAGAUGUUCUGGCGGCAGAUGGGCGGCCACCUGCGGGUGGUGGAGGCCAGCAGCCGGGGCGUGGUGUGGGGCAUUGGCUACGACGGCACCGCCUGGGUGUACACAGGUGGCUACGGAGGAGGCUGCUUCCAAGGCCUGGCCAGCAGCACCGGUAACCUCUACCCGCAGUCAGAUGUGAAGUGCGUCUACAUCUACGAGAACCAGCGCUGGAACCCCGUCACGGGCUACACCAGCAGGGGCCUUCCCACUGACCGGUACAUGUGGAGCGACGCCACGGGGCUGCAGGAGUGCACCAAGGCGGGCACGAAGCCCCCCUCCCUGCAGUGGAGCUGGGUUUCUGACUGGUCCGUGGACUUCAGCGUUCCUGGGGGCACUGACCAAGAGGGGUGGCAGUAUGCCAGUGACUUCCCUUCCUCCUAUCACGGGUACAAAACCAUGAGGGACUUUGUCAGGAGGAGGUGCUGGGCCAGGAAAUGCAAGCUGGUAACCAGCGGGCCCUGGCUGGAAGUGCCCCCCAUCGCCCUCAGGGACGUGUCCAUCAUCCCCGAGAGCCCGGGCGCCGCCGAGAGCGGGCAGAGCAUCGCCCUCUGGGCCGUCAGCGACAAGGGGGACGUGCUGUGCCGCCUGGGAGUGUCCGAGCUCAACCCCGCGGGCGCCUCCUGGCUGCACGUGGGCACCGACCAGCCCUUCGCCUCCGUCUCCAUCGGGGGCUGCUGCCAGGUGUGGGCCGUGGCGAGGGACGGCUCUGCCUUCUACCGGGGCUCCGUGUCCCCCGCCAAGCCGGCUGGUGACUGCUGGUACCACAUCCCGUCCCCUGCCAAGCAGAGGCUGAAGCAGGUGUCUGUGGGCCAGACGUCCGUGUACGCUGUGGAUGAGAAUGGGAACCUGUGGUACCGCCAGGGAGUCACGCCCAGCUACCCGCAGGGCUCCAGCUGGGAGCACGUGUCCAACAACGUGCGCCGCGUGUCCGUGGGGCCCCUGGACCAGGUCUGGGUCAUCGCCAACAAAGUGCAGGGCAGCCACAGCCUGAGCCAGGGCACCGUGUGUCACCGCACCGGCGUGCAGCCCCUGGAGCCCAAGGGGCAGGGCUGGGACUACGGCAUCGGGGGGGGCUGGGACCACAUCUCCGUCCGGGCCAACGCCACCAGGGCCCCCAGGAGCACCGCCCAGGAGACGGCUGGAGGGCAGGGCCUCCCCGGCGGGCCCUCCAGUGUGGCCGGCACCCUGCCGGAGGCCGUGGGCCCCGUCUGCUGCUGA